AUGAUAACUUCGAUCGGUCAGCUACGACGAACCAUCGCUUUUAGCUUGCUCCUUUUUGUCAUCAGUGGAACAACGGGAUAUCCAUCGGGACUUGAAAUUAUAAAUGCAUCAUUCUGUGGAAAGUAUGAUAAGCCUCCAACGUGUAAAGUUUCUCACUGGCCUUUCAUUCCCACUGGUAGUCUUGUCAAUUUUAGUGUAACAUUUACACUUUUGGUGGAUGUUCUUGAAGCAAUAUUGCAAUACGAGUUGGUUUCAGACGGCAAGGUUAUUGUCAGGGACAGGGAAGACGGUGUAUACAUUUCUUCACCAGACCUGUGA